UGGUCGGUGGGAACCCGGAAGGGCUGAGCGGAGUGUUGACAGUGAGCUGGCGUCGCCGUGUUGUCCGCUGAAGGGAUGGCCGGGCUCUGAUCCGCUCGGCUCCAGACUAACGCUGUCAGGGGACGGGUACGGGGUGAUGUCAGGCUCUGUGUCACAUAUGCACAACUACUUCACCUGCUAACUAGCUUAGCAUUAGCGCAGGCAGCUGACGGCGAGGAGCGACACACUGUGCGAAGCUAAGGUAGCUCACCUGGCUGUGGGAGAUGGACGGUGGAGAAGCUGCCCCCACCCCGCACUGCUGCUCCACCUGUGACGGAGGGGAGGUCUCCGGACGCAGCCUGGCCCGACGGGGCAGCAGGAAGACCCGCAGCCUGAGCACCUCCUCUGCUGCCAGCUCCUCUGACUACAGGAGGCCUCAGUCACUUCAUGGACCAAGCCCUGUGACCACAUUCGGCCCAAAGGCAUGCAUGCUCCAGAAUCCACACACAGUAAUGCACAUUCAAGACCCCGCCAGCCAAAGGCUGACGUGGAACAAGCCACCAAAAAGUGUCCUUGUCAUCAAGAAGAUACGAGAUGCCAGUCUGCUUCAGCCUUUCAAGGAGCUCUGCAAAUUCCUCACCGAGGUGAAAGACUUGAUUGUUUAUGUGGAAAAGAAAGUUCUGGAGGACCCAGCCAUAUCAGACGAUGAAAAUUUUGGGGCCAUUACUAAGAAAUUCUGCACUUUCAGAGACGAUCUUGAUGACAUCUCCAAUCGCGUAGACUUCAUCAUCUGUCUUGGUGGAGAUGGAACUUUGCUGUAUGCAUCUUCGCUCUUCCAGGAGAGCGUUCCACCAGUUAUGGCCUUUCACCUUGGCUCUCUGGGUUUCUUGACACCUUUUAAAUUUGACACCUACCAGCCUCAGGUCACCCAAGUAAUUGAAGGUAAUGCUGCCAUCGUCCUGCGAAGUCGCUUGAAAGUCCGGGUGCUUAAAGAGAACUGGGAGAAGAAGGCCAGAGUCGACGAAAAGUGCAUCAUCCUGACUAAUGGGGACAUUGAAAGCAGUCGGAAAGCCGUGCAGUAUCAGGUACUGAACGAGGUGGUGGUGGACAGAGGACCCUCCUCAUAUCUGUCCAAUGUCGACCUCUUCCUGGACGGACACCUCAUUACCACAGUGCAGGGAGACGGUGUGAUCGUAUCCACACCAACAGGUAGUACAGCGUAUGCAGUGGCAGCAGGAGCCUCCAUGAUCCAUCCCAACGUCCCAGCCAUCAUGAUAACCCCCAUCUGCCCACACUCGCUCUCCUUCAGACCCAUCGUGGUGCCUGCCGGGGUGGAGCUCAAGAUAAUGCUGUCACGUGACGCGAGGAACACAGCCUGGGUGUCAUUUGACGGAAGAAAGAGACAAGAGAUCUGCCACGGAGACAGUAUUACCAUCACCACUUCCUGCUUCCCUGUUCCCUCCAUCUGUUUCCGGGACCCGGUCAAUGACUGGUUCGAGAGCCUGGCUCAGUGUUUGCACUGGAAUGUGAGGAAGAAGCAGAACUACCUCAGCUCAGAGGACGAGGAGUUCUGAAGGACAAGGCAUCCUCAAGGUCUUCUCUAAAGUCUCACGGACUCCUAAAUCUUGGUUUAAGCUCGACAGUGCUCUGCUCUGUUUUGUAUUUUAUGGAUAGGUCUCACCAAACUCCAUUCAGAAUCGUCUGUCGUAAUAACGUUGCCCACAUGUAUUGAAAUUGUUCCGUCGUAAUAUUCCAAGUGAUUGGGCCAAACAGCAUUUUGCUGCACACCUCUAUGUUGUACUUUGUUGGAAUAAAUGUGUGCAAUUCAUUUAAAUUAGUAAUUUAAAUGAAUAAAUAGUGAAAUACUUAAACCAAUGCAUUCUGUAAUAACUUCAAAAAACUUUAAUCACUAUUUUAAAAUUAUAUUUAAUCAUUCUUGAUUUUAUAGUAAGUUUUAUUUAUUUAAUUUUUAGUUCAAAACGCCUGUCUGUUUUUAAUUUAUAAUUACCCAGAUCCUCCCGACAGUCUUCACAGCAGCUAACAAACUAUGACCGCUAGCUCAGCGUUUUUCUCUUCCCUAUCCCGAUCGGGCUUGACCUGAUCUGCCGGGUUCGAGCUGGGUUGGGAUGUGUUUUCUCAGAAUUCCAUCUUGAUCCGGACCAUCGGGCCAGGUUCAUGCCACUUUCCCAGAGUUUCAUUGCUUUAUUUUUUCAAUGCAGACCUUAUAGUCUGUGCUGAACAUUUGGUAGGUCAAGACACAGGUCAAGUCGGAGAUUGUGUUACAAAUGUCUGUUACCACACUGAAGACACUUGACCAGUUAACUUGAGCUUGAAAUACUAUAUUAUAGGAAGUUUAUCUACAAAGGUGAGGAGGCAGAGACUGGUGACUUCUCCAAUGUUGAUUGAUGACAUUUUUAAAUAAGUGUCAUUUAGAAAAAUGCUUGUUAGACAUAUACAGCCGACAAUUGAAAAUGGGCAUUUUGAGAUAAAAUUAAAAAUAACUGAAAAUAAGAAAUGAGGAAAUAACAUUUCAUAAAAAUGUGUUGGUUUUUAAUAAUAAUAAUAAUAAUAAUAAUAAUAAUACAAAAUCACAAUAUUGGACACUUUAAGGUUUCAUAGAAUUUCAAUCUAAAUGUUGUCUAAUUAAACUACUCAGAGAACCGGGGUUACACAAGUAACUUAACAAAGUUUGUAUGUUAGAGGUAUGCAACAUUAAUGAUUCUCUGCUCAGGUAGCCGCUACUCCACUUUACAUAGCAAACAGCUGUUUGCUGCUAUAUUAAUGUUCAGAAAGUUAAAUAUAGAUCUUUAAUAAGUCUGUAGAAAACCUCAGAAGAUUUUAUGUCAUGUUCUAAUGUGUGAGCACGUUAAAAUGUUGACUAUUUGAAUGGAGUUUGGCCCCACUGUUGGUCCAGGAUUGUCCCUGUGUGUUUUCCUUCUGCAUGCCUUGCAAACUGGCCUUUUGAAAUCAAAUGUGUUUUAACGAGUAAUCAGAAGGAAUUUCAAGGCUUGGGAUGAACUUGGACUGAAGCUCUGAAGGUCAGUGGUGGAUGGCAGUCAUUGCAUUACUCUUGAUGGCCUGUUUUGGCACUUUUUAGUCUUUAAGGUGGACGGCAGGGACUCAUCUACUACUUUAUGAACAACAAAUUAGUUCUUUCAGUAGAGGUUAAGGAUUUUCUAAAGAAAUAUAAUUCUAAAACAUCUGGUAAAUCAAACAUACAUGAAUUCUGUUAAAUCGGAGCAGGAAAAACUAAUGUAAUGUCAUGAAUGAAUGACAAAUGUUGUCUUACUCAUUUUUAAGGUGCAUCCUGGGGAAAAUCAGAUUUACAGUACAUCUACUUGGCAAUAGUGACCCAAAUGUACAGACUGUGCCUUAAACACUGAUAUCAUUAAUUUAUAGAAAUGUAAGUUUGCAAGGUUUAUGUCAUUGUGAUGAUGUAAUCACACACUUGCACAGAUGUGUGAUUUGUGCAUUUUCAUUGUAGCCACUUGCUGACUGUUGUCGUUGCUGUCUGCUGCACAUGACACUUGAUUGACUAUUUGGCUUAUUUGGUAUGCGUCACAUAAUCUCUGUUCCGCAGUCAUGUAGUCAAUGCGUUUGAAGAUAUGUCAACAAUGCAAGAAGGUGAUAUUCAUUCCAGCUCCGAUUUCUUCAGUGUCUUUUUAACGUCUGUUUUCUAAAAUGCCGUCUAAGCCAUAGCUGAGCUCUGUGUAGGUUUUAUAGACCAAUGUCUGUGGGCUGUGGGUGAUUUAAGGAUUUGUUUUCUCUGUGUAUUUCUUUUAGACUUUUGUCAGUUCGCUACCGUCUGCCACUGUGUAGUCUUUGCUGAAAACUUGUGGCCUACCAUACAUAUCUGUUAACAUAUGUUUUUCUAGAUGUUAAUAUAUAUAAAUUGGCUCAACAGAUUGUGUCGGGUCGAACACAUGAAGGUGGUGUCACCUGUUGUAACUCAAGUGGACCAACUGAGCUCUAAAAGGCAAUCAUUCCAUAUCUCUGAGUACUUGUAUAUAUUGUAUGUGAUGCUUGAAUAAGAUGUAUUUUGUAAAGUCACUAUGUUUAUUAAUCCGUUUACAAUGUAUCAUUGCUGAAAAUAAAUCUAUUUGAUACUUUUUUACAUUAAUAAGCUCUAUAAUUAAUUAUUUUUGUCGCCCAAUAAGUCUGUGUAAGUCUGGCUACAUUUUUCAAAAACUUGUAAUUUAUCAGAAGUACCUGUAGUACAGUGAAGUACUUGUACAUUCAAAUGGUCAUUGAAGGUCAUUCAAAAUAAUUUCCAGGAGAACUUGAAAUCUAUUUUUCUGGAGUUCUUUAAUCCAUGUGUCAAAACGGAUAAUGGAAAAGGACAUGGUUUGUUUCCAGUGUUGGUCUCAGCUGUUAAGCCCCAUUAAACCCUCAAAAAACAGCUUUGACUUCUUUUUUCUAUGAAGCAGUGUCAACUCUUCUCUCAAAGUGCUUUACACUUUUGUAACUCUGACUUUUGUAUUUGUAAGUUUGUUUCUAAUAUUAAUCCUGUAUUUUUUUUCCAGAGCACUUUAAUAAACA